GUAAAAGGUAUGGAUAAUUUAAAAGUUUUUUUUUGUCCCGGCCACGCACGUUGCACCACACUGAAUUUCAGUUGCAGUGCCUUACAACUCAAUAACAGCUGGGUGUCCGCUUUACAAGCACGCGCGGUGUUUGUAAAUGCAGUUUAUCGGCGAUAUGUCGCGAUCUGUGACGGAAUUUUAUGACGGAAAGUGCAUUUUCGUCACUGGGGCAACCGGUUUCGUUGGAAAACUUGGUUGGAUUUCAGGUUCUGGUGGAAAAAAUACUGCGUUCUUUGCCCGGAGUAAAGAAUGUUUAUCUUUUGAUGAGACAGAAAAAAGGAACGUCAGGUGAUGAUAGACUUAAAGAUCUUUGGAAUAGCAGAAUAUUUGAUAAUCUCAGAGCCAACAACCCGGAUGCUUUCAAUAAAAUAAAAUUGAUAUCUGGCGAUCUCCUAAAAGAGGAUUUGGGGAUUUGUAAUGACGAUCGCGGAGUGAUACAAGAAAAUUGCAAUAUCGUGUUUCAUAGCGCCGCGUGUGUGAGAUUUGAUCAGAAACUCAAGGACGCCGUGGAAACGAACACAACAGCCACCCUUCGUCUCCUAAAACUGGCGGAGACUAUGAACAAAUUGGAGGCUUUCGUUCACCUGUCGACCGCUUAUUGCCGCUGUGAGCUGGAUGUUCUGGACGAGAAGCUGUACCCAGCCGUCCACGAGCCUCGGAAGAUCAUAGAGCUGACGCAGUGGCUAGAUGAUAAAACCCUGGACUAUCUGGAGCCGCGAUUGAUAUCUUCAGAACCGAAUACAUACUCUUAUACAAAAGCAAUAACAGAAGAUCUCGUUGCGGAGUUCAGUUCCAAGUUCCCAAUUGCGAUUGGUCGGCCAUCUAUUGUGACUGCAAGCUGGAAAGAGCCAAUGCCUGGGUGGGUCGACAAUAUCAACGGUCCCACCGGCCUACUUAUGGGCAGUGGGAAAGGUGUUAUCCGCACGAUGCUCUGCGAGGGAUCUUACUUGGCGGACGCGAUACCAGUUGAUAUCGUCACCAACGGAUGCAUCCUCAUUGCUCAUAAUAUCGCGCUUGAAAGACCAAAAGACGUCCGGAUUUUCAAUUUAACACUAUCGGGGGUUCAUAAAAUUACAUGGCGGGAAGUUAUUGAACUGGGCGAAAAGUAUGUGAACACUUACCCGCACCUGAUGGUGCUGUGGUACCCCGGGGGUAACAUACGAUCUUACUGGAUCACACACCAAAUUAACCUGGUACUAACACAUAUUUUGCCAGCGUAUUUCAUAGAUUUCCUUCUGUUGCUGUUCAGGAAGAAGCCUUUUUUGGUGAAGAUCCAAAAACGCAUCAGUCACGGGCUAAGCAUCCUCCAAUAUUACACUAUGAAGGAGUGGCACUUCAAAAACAACAACUUCCUAGCUCUGCAGAGGUCCAUAAGUGACGAGGAAAAUGAAAUAUUUUAUACGGAUGUAUCAAAAAUUGACACCGCUGAUUACUUAAAGAAUUACGUGCUCGGCGUAAGACACUUCGUGUGUAAGGAAGAUCCCUCAACACUGCCGAGGGCUAAAAAAAUACACAGAAUACGCUACAUAUUACAUAUAUUUGCCCAGACAUUAUUCUAUUCACUCAUCGCGUGGUUCCUGUAUUCCAAUUUCGGGUUUGCAAAUAAAUAACGAGAUAAGAGAAUGAGGCUGCAGAGAUCUCAGCUAGGGUUUAUGUCCCAGACUCUUCAGAACAUUAUCUAAAAAGGAUUUUUGUUAAAUACUGCGAAAUAUCAUUGGUAUUGUAAAUUUUGAUACCUUCAUGAGAUCUUUCUCGACGGAUGAGGCAAUAAAUAAUUUAUUCUUA